AUGUGUAUAGCAGUGUUCAUAUGGCAAGACCACCCAUUGUACCCUCUCCUUCUCUUGGAUAACAGAGAUGAAUACCACAACAGGCCUACGAAGCCUGUGGAAUGGUGGGAAGGUGGUGAGAUAUGAGGCGGGAGAGAUGAAGUUGCAGGAGGAACAUGGCUGGCCUGUUCAAGAAGAGGAAGAGUUGCUUUGCUUACAAACGUUCUCGAGAAUCAAACCCUACCGGAGGCGAAAACCCGGGGAGACUUGCCUGUGCUUUUCUUGAAGAGCUUGAAGAGUACAAAGGAAUUUGCACAAGAGUUGGUAAAAGAGGCUCACCAGUAUAAUGGUUUUAACCUGAUAUUGGCAGAUCUUCAAUCCAAAACCAUGGUCUACCUCUCCAACAGACCAAAAGGAGAGCCUAUUCUAGUUCAAGAGGUUUCUCCAGGCAUUCAUGUGCUUUCCAAUGCAAAGCUUGACUCUCCCUGGCACAAGGCUCAGCGCUUGCGGCUAAAUUUACAGAAAGAGCUCAUCAAGUAUGGAGAAGGUGAAAUACCAAUGAGAGAGCUGAUCGAAAAGCUAAUGAAGGACAAAGUUAAAGCUGAUAAAAGCAAAUUACCUUGUAUAUGUGAACUCGACUGGGAGUACAAACUGAGCUCUAUAUUUGUUGAAGUUGACACUCCACUGGGACGCUAUGGCACCAGGAGCAGUGUCGCAGUGUCGGUAAGACAAAAUGGGAACGUGAAUUUUCAUGAAAGCUAUCUUGAUAAUGACAAGUGGAAGGAACGGACUGUGAACUACCAAAUACAGAAGCUGAAUUAG